UGACGUCAAAAUUACGCGCCGCCAUGUGUAAACUCAGAUGAACGUUGACGUGCUUGUUUACGCGUUAUAAUUUACUUCUGAUUACAAUCGUUGGUUGAAUUCAUGAUUGUAUUUAAACAUACCUUAUUCUCUAUGCGGGUGUUAAAAUAAUCAAAUAGUAACACUGCUGAGUCGUUUACUUUGGGUAGAACGUUUAAAUUAACAAAUGGAUGAUGAGGACCGCGUGAAGACCGAUGACAACAAAAUCCAAAAUAAUAAUAAUGUUCUCAAAAAUAAUAUAGUGGAGGUUGACAAAGAAGACGAAGAAGCCACCGGGAAGCAACCUUUGUCCAAAAGGCAAAGGAAAAAGCUUCUAAAACAGCAGAAAUGGGAGGAGGAGAGGGAGAUGAGAAAGCAGAAGCGCAAGGAGAGGAAGCAGCAGCGGCGGAUCCAGAGGCAAAACAAUCAUCAGGAGAAUGAAGGUGAAGACCGCGGGGCCAAGAAGCGCCCACGGCGAGAGGUGACGCCCACCUCGCUCAGGCUGGUGGUGGACUGCAGUUUUGACGACCUCAUGUUAACCAAGGAUGUGCACAAGCUCCACAAGCAGAUCCAGAGAUGCUAUGCUGAAAACAGACGAGCCUCUCAUCCAGUCCAGUUUUAUCUGACAAGCCUUGGAGGACAACUCAAACAGAGUAUGGAUGAAAAAGACAAAGGAUGGAUCAACUGGAAAGAUAUCCACAUUAAAUUGGAGCACUACAGUGAAGUAUUGGCUAAGGAGGAUGUGGUCUACCUGACGUCAGACUCCCCCAACGUGCUGAAAGAACUGGACCCCAAAAAGGCGUACGUGAUUGGCGGGCUGGUGGACCACAAUCAUCACAAGGGAAUAACAAUGGAGCGGGCCCAGAAUCUGGGACUCUGUCACGCCCAGCUUCCCCUCGACAGCUUCGUCCAGAUGAACAGUCGCAAAGUUCUGGCGGUCAACCACGUGUUCGAGAUCAUCCUGGCAUAUGUGGAGAAAGGCAGCUGGCAGGACGCAUUCUUCUCCGUACUACCUCCGAGGAAAGGAGCCAAGGCCGUGACUUCGGGGUCGGCAGACCCGGACGGGGAUGGCCAAGAGGACCAACCAGAGGAGCACUCGGACCUUGAGGAGGAGCCCCAACCAAACGACAAGUGAGCCCCGAGAUUGUGCUACCGGAUAAUUUAUUUAUUGAAAGCUUUAUUUUUCUUUUGGACUCUUUCCUUAGUUAACUUGGCAUUUCAUUUCCAUAUUGUGAAUUUUGCUUUUUAAAUGUGCCAAAUUGAUUUCAAAUCCAUUGGGAUGACAUCAUGAAUGUGUAGAUGUUUAUUAAAAUGCUACACAGACAUAUUAGAAACACAAAGUUGUCAUUUUACAGGAAUGAAGUUGGAUUAUUGAGGUGGGGAAUUUUCUAUUUCUAAAGAUUUGUGUAAUUUUCUGAUAUUACGACUUUAUUCUUGUAGAAUGACUUUUUUGCUCAUAAUGCGCCUUCUUUCUUUAAAAAAUGCUUGUGAUCUUACAACUUUAUUCUUAAAGUAAUUUUCCUUUUAUCCAUUUCUCAUGAAAUUGCAAUAUUACAACUUUAUCCUUGUAAAAAAUUUUUUUUUUUAGAAUAAAUGGCCAUUUAUUCCCACUUGUCAAAUAAACAAAGAGGUUCAUGGUAUAAUGAUUUUAUUCUUGAAAAACUUACUUUUUUUGGUCAAAUUACAAUUGAUGUAUUUGCUCCAUUACAGUUUGAUUCUCUUCAAAUUAAUUUGGAAUCAACUUUUUUUUUUUUUUUGCUCAAAUUACACUGGGCAAAAAAUGUUGACAAUAUUAUAAUCAGGUCUGGAAGUAAACUGCUCAGCCAAAGGUG